GGGGCUGCUGCGACCCCUGCCUGAGGUCCUGUGAGGGGUGUGGGCUGGCGACAGUGCAUCCGUGAGGCAGGGUGUGCGUCCCAGGGCCCAGCCCCCACGUGGCCUCCCCACUGUGGGGUACCAGGGCUGCCUGAGUCAUGGACUUCCCUCUGAGGAGGUUGGGCCAGUUUUACUCUAUUCUGUCAGAGCUCCCAGUCUCAGAACUGGACAGCAACCAGGAAGAUGGGUGGGGAUACCGUGAGCUCCCUAGGCCAAAGGGCUUGAGGUAGGAUCUAGUCUGGACCCAGCAGAGGAUUUUCAGAAUGAGGGAGGAGAGUGGGCCCUGCCUGCACGCCCACCCCAGCCCCCUUCAGCACAGAGCUGAGAGGAGACUGGCAGAUCAGAGUCUGAUCCCUGGCGGGGCUCAGAGCAGAGCCAGAUCCUCUCCAGGGAAGUGGCUCGUUCCUCAGGCCCCUGGUUGGGACACUUUACUGUGUCACUGUCACUGGUCCCUUCUAAUGAGGUGAGGGUUGGGGGCUUGAGUGUGCAGCUGUGAUUUGGUGUAGGGAGGCUCUGUGUGUUGCAUGUUCUGGAUCCAUGUGGAUGUGUGUGCAUUGAUGUUAGUGUUACAGGUAAGUGCAUGUAUAUAUGUGUUACUGUGCACAUGCAGUUCGACACCCAUACACAGGCUUGUGCAAUAUGCAUGGGCACAGAUAUGUGUAAUGGGUGUUUGCAUGUGUGUUGUUGGGGUGCACAUGUGCAUGGAUGCAUGUUGGUGUGUGUAAACAUGUGUAGUGCGAGCCUAGAUAUUGUCUCUGGGCGUGUGUGGCAGCUGCGGCCUGUGGGGAAGCGCCCGAAUUGGAAUCACAGGCCUCACUGCCAGCCGCGAGCCAGGGGAACCCAGGAGACGUGGGUGCUCAGACAAGUUGUCUCAGCUCCGUGGGCCUCAGUCUCCAACCUGUAAAAUGGGCUUGGAACCUGACAUAAUGAGAUUGUGGAUGAGCAUCUCACACUCAGCCUGACCCAGAAAAGACUCAAAAGAGAAUGCUGAGAGGUGACUGAAGGCAAAUGAAUGAGUAAGCAAAUAGAAAUGUUUACAGAACUGCUGUGCAGUCAGAUUUUAAGGGCCUGAGGGAGGCGCAGUUUACAGCGUCUGAUAGGAUGUCUGGAGGGGGAGGCGGGGUCUUGAGAGGAAAAAGAAGAAAGAGGCGGGAGCAAGGUAUCCCCUCUCCCCCACCCCCCCAAUCCAGGGCAGUCACGUGAGCCUGCGUGUCCACCAGCAUCUGUGAAGGUGAAGUGUGCACGCCCCCGGUGUUGAUGCAGGCGCCUUAUAGAGGGCGGGCGUCCCCUGGUGUACGUGGGAGGGAGGCUGUCUGUGCGAGCAUUGCCUGGUUGCCAUAGAAAUAAGCUGAAAGAGGUGGGUGGCUGGAGAAGGAGGCGGGUCCAUCGGGAGGAGGGAGGGAGCAGAGGCAGCCGCGGGGGGCGGGGAGCUGGCUUCUGCAGUUCUGGUGCUGCCUUCCUGAGCAAGCUCCGUGGAGGGGACCCAAGAGGACAGAGCCCCCAGCCAAGGCGCCAGGCCCCUCCCUGCACGCCACCACGGAGAAGAAGGACAGCCAGCCCCUCAGCCCUCGCCUGGCCCAGCGGGGGCAGUGCACUCCUACCUGCCCCUGGCUUGGUACCAACACGGGCCCAGCACAUGAGCAGCCCAGCCUGCUGACCACCGCUCCACAUCUGUCCAUCCCCCUACGACCACACCAUGUCCGGCUCUUACGACGAGGCCUCGCUCACUUCUGAGGAGACCACUGACAGCUUCUGGGAGGUGGGGAACUACAAGCGGACAGUGAAGCGCAUCGAUGACGGGCACCGCCUGUGCAACGACCUGAUGAACUGCGUGCAGGAGCGCGCCAAGAUCGAGAAAGCCUACGCGCAGCAGCUCACCGACUGGGCCAAGCGCUGGCGCCAGCUCAUUGAGAAAGGCCCACAGUAUGGCAGCCUGGAACGGGCCUGGGGCGCCAUGAUGACGGAGGCAGACAAGGUGAGCGAACUGCAUCAGGAGGUGAAGAACAACCUGCUGAACGAGGACCUGGAGAAGGUCAAGAACUGGCAGAAGGAUGCCUAUCACAAGCAGAUCAUGGGCGGCUUCAAGGAGACCAAGGAGGCUGAAGAUGGCUUCCGCAAGGCCCAGAAACCCUGGGCCAAGAAGAUGAAGGAGCUAGAGGCAGCCAAGAAGGCCUACCAUCUGGCCUGCAAAGAGGAGAAGCUGGCUGUGACACGAGAGAUGAAUAGCAAGACGGAGCAGUCAGUCACACCCGAACAGCAGAAGAAGCUGCAGGACAAAGUGGACAAGUGCAAGCAAGAUGUGCAGAAGACGCAGGAGAAGUAUGAGAAAGUGCUGGAAGAGGUGGGCAAGACCACUCCCCAGUACAUGGAGGGCAUGGAGCAGGUGUUUGAACAGUGCCAGCAAUUUGAGGAAAAGCGACUGGUCUUCCUCAAGGAGGUGCUGCUGGACAUCAAACGUCACCUCAACCUAGCUGAGAACAGCAGCUAUGUCCACGUGUACCGGGAGCUGGAGCAGGCCAUCCGGGGGGCCGAUGCCCAGGACGACCUCAGAUGGUUCCGCAGCACCAGUGGUCCUGGCAUGCCCAUGAACUGGCCCCAAUUUGAGGAGUGGAACCCAGACCUCCCUCACACGACCACCAAGAAGGAGAAACAGCCCAAGAAGGCAGAGGGGGUAGCGCUGACCAAUGCCACCGGGGUGGUGGAGUCCACGUCGCAGGCAGGGGACCGUGGCAGCGUUAGCAGCUAUGACAGGGGCCAGCCGUAUGCCACUGAGUGGUCAGACGAUGAGAGCGGGAACCCCUUUGGGGGCAAUGAGGCCAACGGCGGCUCUAACCCCUUUGAGGACGACGCCAAGGGAGUACGUGUGCGUGCACUCUACGACUACGACGGCCAGGAGCAGGAUGAGCUCAGCUUCAAGGCUGGAGAUGAGCUCACCAAGCUGGGCGAGGAGGACGAGCAGGGUUGGUGCCGCGGGCGGCUGGACAGCGGGCAGUUUGGCCUCUAUCCCGCCAAUUACGUGGAGGCCAUCUAGCUGCCCUGCUCCCCUCCACACCACCCCUCACUCCUUGCCCUCCCUUCCCACUCUUGUCACCUUCCCUGGCCAUAGAGUUCCAGACAUAUUUUCCGAUCAAGCUUUUAUUUUUUUAAAAGUCAAAACAGAACAAAAUAACUACAAAGAGACGGAGCACUUGCAGGGCCCCCAGAGGCCAGACUGGCGGCACUUGCGGUGAGGGUCUUAGGACUUAGCCCAGCGAAGACAUCACAACAUCCGCUCUUUAGAUCCCAUUGAAAAGUCUCCUGAGCCCUGGGAGACAUCUCCCGGACCCUCUUAUUCUGCCUCAGUGCCCCCAUCCCACCCCUUUCCUCUCCACCCCUGGCUGCCAGCACCUGCCCCAUGCCCCUCCCCCACCAUGAUUUCUGACCUCCUCCUGCCUGGCCUUCCCCCGGUCCACCACCACUUACUCUCAGAGGCCUCCUCUCCAACCCCAGACAAGGGGCCUCCCAGUGUUAAGUCUUCCACUAUGCCCCGGGGAGCCCCCUUCUUCCCUGGCCUCACCCUCUGGGAGAGGAAUAGUCACUCUCUUCUCCCGUAGAGGUUGCCAAGUGCCCCUUGACUCCCUCAGACGUGAACAGGGGUGAGCUGGAGUCACUGACAGAGUCACUGUGCUGUAGGAGGGUGCGUGAAGGGGGAGCUGGCCCUCAGACCUCCCAAUGCUGGGCUCGGCUGAGGGACCAGGACCCUGCUAGGGCCCUUCUUUCCAGCUGCCUGCACUUCAGGCCUGGGCUCUUUCUCAGAGACAUACCCUUCUGUACUUACACAGUCACCCCCCACACAAGUCCUCAGGCAGGGGGAGGGGCCCCAAAGCACAGGGCAAAGCCAGCAACAGUAGCACCCUCCUCCUAUUCCCUGAGGGGGAGGGCAUCUUGCUCACUCACUCAACCCUUCUUCCCUCCCCACUCACCCACCCUCCUUCCCUCCACAUCCGUCUGAAGCCAGAGAAGCACCAGCUUCAGCCUGCCCUCAGGAGAUCAAGCUUUGGGGUCUCCCAUUCACCUCCCAUUCUCUGGCCUGCCUGGGGAGACACCCUUGGGAGCUUCCAGCCUGGGAGCAUCAGGGAAAGCCUGCAGCCAAUAGGAGAGGCUUGGGAAUGGCCAGAGGGAGGAGCCCUGGCCCUCAGGAGCAGGGCAGUCACCACGUCUAUCUGCCUUCUCCCCUCCAUCACCACAGCCCUGGCCCCGGAGCAGCAUUCCCCCUGCUGGCAGCACACCCCCCCCCCCCCCCCCCCCCCCCCCCCGUCUCUGCAGGCCUGGGUCUCAGUUAAAGAACUUUGGGGUGGGAGGAGACAAGGGGCCUGCCCAGAGCAGCAGUGUUUCCUGUGGCUGGUGAAAGAAAGUAGCACUUGAUUACUCUAAGGACCAGCCUCUCCCAUGGCAGUGGGGGCAGGGUGGCUGGGUCCCGAGAAGUGAGGGACUGACUGGAAAAGGAAUCUCCUGGAACCUCUGUGCUGAGGUCCUGAGACUUCCCGAGGCACCAGGUUAGCCUGAUGGUACCAGGUGAGCCUGACAGUGGUGCCACUGCUCGGCUUCAGAGCAGCAGACACCCUGCUCCCUCCCUAACACCUGGCCCCCGGCCUCUAGGUGAAGACAGUGUCUACCCCAGACCCUCUGUCACCCAUCAGCCUCUUGCUCCUUGCUUUUUCUUCCCACAGUCUCCUGUUAGGUCACAGGCCCCAGCCUCAAAGCCCUGACCCUGUUCAUAUGGCACAGAGAAUCCUGGCAUACUCGGGCAGGGACUGGAGCUGGGACAGGCCUUGCUCAAGGCCAGGAAAGUUGGGGGGUGGGGACAAUGGCACCUCUAGGGACAGGCAGACUCUCCUCCACAGCACACUCCUUAUCACUGCUCUGUUGGCCUCCAUUGCAGCCUAAGCUAUGCCCUAGGCCCCUCAGAGCCUGGAGCAAGAUUUUGGAAAACUUCAGCCCUUCCCAUGCCAGAACAAAAGCCCCUUCUGCCUCUCCUCCAAGCAGGAGCUGGAGUUGAGGGCCCUUUACCACCUACCGCUGGGAGUCAGACAGCUGCCCAUCUGCACCGUGGAGCCCAGGCUCCCUCUGUCUGUGCCAGCAGGUUCCCAGCACUUGGGGAGAGGCAGUGACUGGCUGUCCCCCUCAGCGCUCUAGCUGCCCACUCUGCGGCAGGGACUUGAAACCCAAUUCCUUCUGAGCAGUGGGUCCCUGGGCUCCUUGGGCCCUGGAGUGGAGGGUCUCACCUGGAAGACCCCCUGAGCUCCCGGGGCCCAGGCCCGCCUGUCAGCGCUGACGUCAGGGCGUUCAGCAUCAAGAGCAGGGCCCGUGCCCUCACCGAGCCCACUGCCUCCUGUAGCCCCCUGCCCACACCCUCAAUGCUGCACGGGCCGCUCUGUAGGGCUCAAUGAGUGAUGUGUUUCUUCCUAAGUUAACCACCGUUCUGUGGCCUGGCUCUGCCUGGAGCCAGGGCCGCCCUGCCGCCGCCCUCUGCCGCCCUCGGCUUCCUGACUCCAUUCGUCCGACACUUGUGAAACUCCGAGAAGUGCUGUGGUCUCAGCAAUGCACCUGUUUUGUACAUGAUUGUGUAAUUUAAAGGUAUAUAAAUACAAAUAUAUAUAUAUAUAGGUUGUGACUGUAUGACUGUGGAUAAAACCCAGAACUGUCAACC